GCGUGUGUGAGAGAGAGGGAGAGAGAUUUCCACCGGUGCGUGUGCGCGCGCGAGUCGGGACACCGGGAGUCGCGAGCAUGGAGAUCCGCCCGGACCGCUUUAAAGCUGUGGCAGGAAAAACCCUGGGAAAGAUACACAGGCUCAUCGAAAAGCGGCAGGAAAAUGGCGAGACCAUCGAGCUGUCAGCGGAGGGAAGGCCGGAGUUGGUGGAGGAGAAGGAGCUGCCCGUCGUGGACUGCACAUGCUUCGGGCUGCCACGCCGCUACAUUAUCGCCAUCCUCUCCGGUCUCGGUUUUUGCAUCUCCUUCGGCAUCCGCUGCAAUCUCGGCGUAGCCAUCGUCAGCAUGGUCAACGAUCACACCGUGUAUUAUGGAAAGAAGCCUGUCAUAAUGGCUGCUCAGUUCACGUGGGACCCAGAGACAGUAGGAAUGAUCCACGGUUCAUUUUUCUGGGGUUACAUCGUUACGCAGAUCCCCGGUGGAUUCAUCUGUCAGAAAUUCGCUGCCAACAGAGUGUUUGGCUUCGCGAUCGUGGCCACGUCCACACUGAACAUGUUGAUUCCGACUGCAGCGCGGAUCCACUAUGGAUGUGUCAUCAUAGUCAGGGUAUGCCAGGGUCUUGUGGAGGGUGUGUCAUAUCCUGCAUGCCACGGGAUCUGGGCCAAAUGGGCCCCGCCUCUUGAGAGAAGCCGAUUGGCCACGACAGCAUUCUGCGGGUCAUAUGCGGGAGCUGUGGUGGCGAUGCCCCUGGCUGGUGUGUUAGUGCAGUAUACUGGAUGGUCGUCAGUUUUUUAUGUAUAUGGUAGCGUCGGGAUACUGUGGUAUCUCUUCUGGAUCUUGGUGUCCUAUGAGAGUCCAGCUGCUCAUCCUACAAUCAGUCCAGAGGAGAGGAAAUACAUCGAGGAUGCCAUUGGCGAGACAGCAGGGCUUGUCAACCCCCUUCAGAAAUUCAAAACACCUUGGCGUCAUUUCUUCACCUCAAUGCCAGUGUACGCCAUCAUCGUGGCCAACUUUUGCAGAAGCUGGACCUUCUACCUGCUCCUCAUCAGCCAGCCCGCAUACUUCGAGGAGGUUUUCGGCUUCGAGAUCAGCAAGGUGGGGUUGGUAUCUGCGCUCCCUCACCUGGUCAUGACCAUCAUAGUGCCGCUGGGGGGGCAGCUGGCCGACUACCUGAGGUCACACAACAUAAUGAGCACCACUAACGUCCGCAAACUCAUGAACUGCGGAGGUUUCGGAAUGGAGGCCACAUUGCUGUUAGUGGUGGGAUUCUCUCACACUAAAGGAGUGGCCAUAUCAUUUCUCGUACUAGCUGUUGGCUUCAGUGGGUUCGCUAUCUCAGGCUUUAACGUGAAUCAUUUGGAUAUAGCGCCACGUUAUGCCAGCAUCCUGAUGGGCAUAUCUAAUGGAGUGGGCACCUUAUCAGGCAUGGUGUGCCCUCUUAUAGUGGGAGCCAUGACCAAACAUAAGACACGUGAAGAGUGGCAGUAUGUCUUCCUCAUUGCAUCAUUAGUGCAUUAUGGAGGAGUCAUCUUCUAUGGAUUAUUUGCAUCGGGAGAGAAGCAGCCAUGGGCCGAUGCUGAGAACACCAGCGAGGAGAAAUGCGGUAUCCUGGAUGAGGACGAGCUGGCCAAUGAGACCGAAGAGCUUUACAGAACGGGCGGACAGUAUGGUGCCAUCAACCAGCCAAACACCGCCGGCCCGAACGGUAGUGGAGGUGGAGGUGGAGGUGGAGGUGGGGGCGGAGCAGGAUGGGUCUCAGACUGGGACAAAACAGAAGAAUAUGUACAACCAGUAGGGAGAAGUAGUUAUCUUUAUGGAGGAGAGACUAAGCGGGAGCUCACAUAGUGGGAGUGGUGCACAUUUCCAUCCUGGAGAGUUGAAAUCUGGCAUAAUUUCCCUGCUCAUAGACACAAAGUGGUGUACAGUUAGACCCUCAAUACCAAGCCCCACUCUGGACGAAGCUUUUGCUUAGAAUGGCAGAGACACUAUACAGGCUAAUGUAGGGGAUUUGCACAGUUCCUAAUUCGUAGCUUAACAUUAAAUCUUUACUAGUCCCCCAAAGAGACUUUUUUUCAGUAUGUGCAUAGUUUGAUUUGCGACCAUGUUUUUUGCAUGUGUAUUGGAGCCAUAGAGCGUGUUAUUCCUGAAUUAUCCACCAACACAACACAAAUCGCAGCCAGGUUGGCGGUGUAUAUAUAGGCAUACCCCAGCAGGCAUUAUUGAAUGUCAAACCUGGUUGUGGCAAUGUUCAUUUGAUUUGAUUUGAACAAAAGACACAUUAUAACAAAUACAGCUUUCAAACAUUCCUUAAUAAAAACAUUUCUUCUUCGUCUUCUAACUAAAAUACAUCCAUGAAAUGCUUACUCUGCUGAUGGUUGAUUUUUCCUCUUUUGUACAACAACUGAACCGACAUCUUAGACAGAGCUUGAAAUCUGAUCUCGAUGGCGAGAGCACUUACUGUUAACCACCAGACAGCUGGAAUCUUUAAAUCAUGGAGCAGCCGAAAAUAGGGGGAAAAUAAACCCUGUGUAACUUCUGAUAUUUGCUCUGUGAAACGACACAUUAUGCAGUUUGGAUGUUGUGUAAACCCCAUAUUAUAGCCCGGUAUUGUGGAUACUUACCAAAGCUACAGUAUGUACUGUAGGAUGCUGCAGUGAAAUGAAAUACCAAAAGUCAUGAGCAGUAUGAUUCACUGUUCCACCUUUCUGGUUUUUUAACCAACGUUUUUUUCACUUCCAAAUCAAUACUUCUUCGCGUCGUGUUGCUGCACUAGCAUGGUUAUUUUUGGGAGCCAUGAUCCACAGUAGCUUUUUCCAAAGAAAAAUUAAACACAAAAACUUUGUGUACAAACAGAGGAACAGUCAGCACUGUGGUUUGCGCCUCCAGGGUUGAGGGUUCGAUUCCCACCUAGGGGUCUGUGUGCAUGCAGUUCGCAUGUUCUCCCUGUGCUUGGUGGGUUUCCUCCCGGUAGUCCGGUUUCCUCCCACAGUCCAAAGGCAUGUGGAUUAGGCUUACUGGUGUUCCCGUAGAGUGUGUGUGCCCUGCGAUAGAUUGGCGUGUACCCUGCCUCAUGCCCUAAGUCUCCUGGGAUAGGCUCCUGGCCUCCCACGACCCUGUACACAGUAUAAGCAUUACAGUAGAUAAACUUUGGGUAUAAACAACAUUUGCAUUGUGUGCGAGUUGUUGUUCUGUAGGUCUGGUUUUCUGAUUGGAAUUGCUGAACUUUGUUACAAUCUCAGGGGAUAUGAGGUCAGAUGUUGUGCAAAAGGACGAAACAUAAAUGCUGUGAGUAAAGGUUGAAAUUCUAUUGUUUUAAGGUUGUAGUUCAUUGUUUUGAGGUCAUUCCUUCAACAUUAACACAAAGUCAUUUAAUCAAAGUUAUUCUAACUUUCAAAAACAACAACUGUCCCAAUACGAACUACAUGACAACUUCACUCAGAGUAUUUACCAAUUACUUUCUAUCCAUCUAUUCGUUCAUCGAUCUAGGAACCUCUGUAGUCCAACUUGUAACCAUGGAUGACAAUGGUGAUUACCAUUGUAUUUAUUCACAUUUCGACCUAUGGUUAACAUUCACACACAAUGGGCAAUUUGGCUCUACAGGCAAUUUAGGGACGACAAUUAGCCUAAUCUGCAUGUCUUUGGACUGUGGGAGACAACCGGAGUUCUAUGAGAAAACCCACCAAGCAAGGGGAGAACAUGCAGACUCCAUGCACACAGACCCACGCCUUUAUUUACCAUUAGCCGGCUAAUUUGUUGCUAAUUCUAAUAGAUAGAUAUUUUCCAAUGGCUAGAACAGGUAGAACAGUACAGUACCAUAGGCCUGUAAAUGUAAAAGUGUGCCAUGUUUUUCUUUUCCCCACUUCACACAUUGAAAAUACCGAAGUGGCAAAAUUACAUUAUUCUAACUUGCAAAUUACGACUUACAAGUCAUAAUGAAAAUUAAAUUACAGUCUUUGUGUUCACUAGGAUGGUUGGAUUUGGUUGGCUGAAAGGCUAAAGGCUUAGUCUGCCUAAGAGCUAGCUAAAUACUACUACCGAGAUCUGGACUAACUGUAUUUUCGGUUAAAUCAGGUGUCUUUGAGCAGGAAAAUCACUAGGCUGGAUAUUUGAUGGAUUUCAGCUCUCCACGGGCUGGACUUGAGAACCCAUGAGGCGACGUAGUACAGCAAAGAAAGACAGAGAGAUUUUAUCUGAAAGUGAAAAAUAUAAUAAAAUACUGAUCACAGUGACAUCUUUACAUGAAACAAACUCAAAAGGGGUAACCUAGUAGAUAGGAAUUCUUUGGAUAAUCGGGUUCCACUUGGUUCCGUCUCUUCGCCGAUCCUGCAUGGAACCUCUUAAGGGUUCCACUGGAGAUGUGUAGGCUUUUAAUAAUGUUUAUUGUAUGUGAUACUGGAAAGUGUGUCAGGCUAAAUGACACAGUUUUGUAAGUGAGCGUGUGAGCGCGCGUGUGUGUGUGUGUGUGUGUCAGUGUGGAUAUUGACGGUGCUGUGUUCUAACUCCAGUAUUUUAGGCUUUCUGCCAAAAUCACUGUAAUGCACUUAAUAUGAGGAUAAAUACCAGAUGUGUACCUUUGGUGUAAGUGUGUGUGUGUGUAUGUGUGUAUGUGUGUGUGUGUGUGUUUCUUGUGUUUGUCCAUGGUUCCAUGGUCAGCACACAGCUCACCCUCUCUGCCUCAUGUCAUAAACAUAUAUUUCCCUUCCAAUCCUUGAAUCCCACAGUACAUUCAGUCACAUUAGUGGUGUGUGUGUGUGUGUGUGUGUAUAAGAGAGAGAUUUUAAGUGUGUGUGCACGCGUAUAUUUUGCCCUCCAGAAUUAU